CAAUUUUCCUGACUUAGUCCGAUAAAACGAUGUCGUUGAAGCCCAAGACAGUCAACUGUAUCAACACGCUUUAUAAUCUCCGACUGGAAGGAAGACCUCAAAUUCACUGACAAUUUUCAGACAAACACCGCGGCGGAAAAAAUGCCAGAGAAAGCAGAAAUGGCUAACAAAAACCCUAAGAAGGCAAAUCUCUUAGAUCACCAUUCCAUCAAACACAUCCUCGAUGAGACCGUUCCUGAGAUUGUUAGCAGUCGCGGUUAUGUGGAAGACGUGAGAAUGAGCAAUAUUAGAUUGUUGAUGGGAUCAAUUAUCAUUGUCAUUGCGUUGGUUGCUCAAUUUUACAAAAAGAAGUUUCCAGAGAAUCGCGAUUUUUUGAUCGGAUGUAUCGCGUUGUAUAUAGUUUUCAAUGUGAUAUUGCAGCUAUUCAUCCACACAAAGGAAAAGAACGCAAUCUUAUUUACUUAUCCUCGCGAGGGUUCCUUCUCCAGCACUGGUUUGGUGGUUUCUUCUAAAUUGCCAAGAUUCUCUGAUCUGUACACUCUUACCAUCACAAGUGCAGAUCCAAAAUCAAUUUCUGCAGGGCGGCCAGUUGAGCUUACCAAAAGUGUCACUCAAUGGUUCACCAAGGAUGGAGUUUUGGUGGAGGGCCUAUUCUGGAAAGAUGUUCUAUCUCUAGUUGAUGAAUAUACAGCAGAACCAAAGAAGAAGAAGUAAUGUUAAGCUUCAGAGCUCUUGUGAUAGAUUACUGUUUAGGAAGUGAGAUCCAGUGAUAGUGUCUUUUACUGCAAGAUGUUUUUGGUAAUUAAGAUGCAACUGAAUGAAUCAACUUUAGACAACAGUUUAACCGUUUUUCAAAAAAUGCCUCUUAAUGAAAUUGGAGGGUUGGCAUCUUUUUAUAUCAUAAA